GGAUUCAGAUCUUACUGCACAGUGAGCACCUGCUGGCGGCAGUUUAGCUCUCACAGAGUGUGGGGUGUGACGGUGCUUUUGUUGUGCUUCAUAUGCUUCCAGAUAAAUAAACUGGAAUAUCUUCUCUAUGGAACUGGAUCGUGCUGGAAUUACAUUCAAGUAAAAAGUUACGAUUGCAGUUGCGCACUAGUUGACGGGUGCAUCUCUCACCGUGUGCGGAUCCGGUACCCAUGUGUGAUCAUUUGUGCUUAUCCAACGUAACAUUUCCAAAAUGCACGUUGCAUUCACUUUUACACAGUGAGUGAGCGCACUCCAGAUGCUUGCACUGUUUGAUCGCAAUUGGAAAGUGCUGGGAAUCGAUCUGUCUCCGCCGGUCUCGUUGCCCCACUCUGCCCUAAGGAUGUUCAGCUGUGUCGGGUGUUUUUGGGUGCUUCUCUCCUCCGCCCUGGUCGCUGUUUGCAGUUUCAGUUUUAUCUCCCCCGCGUGGAUUGUUAAGGAGCAUCUGAAAAACAAGGACUCGGUGAGUUUCGGGCUCCUCUGGCACUGCUCCGAGUCUCUGGAUCACAUGUACAGAUGUUACACCUUCGGCGGACUGGGCAAAUUUCAAGAGAUUCCUUCAAGCUCUUGGCAGACGAGUGCAGUACUGUGUUCAGGUGGAUGUGCUCUGUUGGCAGUCAGCUCCCUGCUGGCCAUCAUCACCAUCUUCCUGCCCAGUGGAGCCUGUGAGAGGAGGAUCUGCACAUUGGCUGGAUACAUGCAGAUGGCUGCAGUGUUCAUUAUGGGAUCUGGCCUACUGGUCUACCCCUUUGGUCUCAACUCUAACCUGGUCAAGUCUUUCUGCGGGGACUCUGACAUUUACUACGCCGGGGAGUGUCAGAUAGGAUGGGGCUACAUGCUGGCUAUUGUAGGUGUCAUGCUCACGCUUUUUCUGCCCUUUUUCGCUAAGUACGCACCCAAAGAGCAGCUGUCACCGACCCCAUUGCCCACGCUUUUAUAGGGCACUAAAGACCACCAUCUACAAAUAUUCACCCUGCUCACCAAUUAUAACUAAGAAGUGACCAUUCUGGCAUUGGACAGGCAGACUGCAAAGUCUCAACAUGAUUUCCUAUGGUUAGUAAUGAUGUUGUGAUGAAGAUGAUGUCAUUUGGGAGCAGAACUGAAGAUCUAACCCCCCAAUGUCCUGUUUUUUGUGCUGUCAUCUUCCUUUAUUGGAUAACGUCCUUUCUUUCUUCAGUCAGGCUGCAAGGUGAAAAAUUAUUUUGAAAUGGAAUUCAUGGAUUUUGAUAUUUCUCUUUCUUUCUAAUUUAUUUACAAGGUCUGCUGUCUCUGUUUUCUUCAUUGACAACCUUUAAGAACUAACUACUAAAAACAACUGAGGAUAAUGGACCAUGUUGCAAAUAAGUAUUUUCAUUAUUUCAUUUGCAUUGGUUGCAAAACCAAAAAUAAGUGACAAUUGAGUAACAAUUUCCAAUAACAUUUUACUGUUGGCAUGCAAUUAACUCAGAAGACAAGUGGUAGACGCCUUUUAUAUGGACAACAAAUUACACGUCAGGAUCUCUGAAAAGAUAUACUAAUGGAUCCAACUACUGUAAAUGAACUUUCACUAAGUUUACAGAAGCACCUGCAAAACUGGAUUAAAACUAAAUAAAUCAUACUGAUCAGUCUGAAAGUUUUGCUUCAUACAGUUUUUAGCACCUGAUAUACUGCAGUACUUAGUCAACAAGGACCAAUACUGUGGCUUAAGUAAACUAAAAUCUUCUCCUUUUUCAGUUAAAGUCCAACUAAAAUCACAGGCUUUUUAAUUUUUUUUUUUUAUUUGUAAUGUUUUCUUCACUUUAUUUUUCAUGAAAACCCUGUGAGAGCCAUCAAGGAACUAAUUAUUGAAAUGGCUUCAAACUGCCAUAUUGCGUCAUGUUGACCCUAAUGAGGAGGAUUCAAACAUGAACACUAACACAAGCAUGGACUUCUUAUAAACUGUAUGCUUAAGUGACAACUAAACCACACCAAAACCGUGUGUUUUUCAAAUUGUUCGCCCAUUUUCUGAGUGAACAGGAAAUGUUGUGUGAAGCCUCCAUAUGGUUUCUUUACUGUUAUAACACCUACUAUAACUGAAUUAUUCUGGAUUAAGCUAAAUCAGGAGCAAGGCAAAGACAUGUACUUACAGAUGUUCUUAAAGUUGGGUUUAAGUCAACACUCAGACACUAUGUUCGGGAAAAUACCAACUUCUAACCAACUUGUGCCUUUUGACCAUUGCUAUUGCUAAGACUUAAAGGAACAGUUCACUCAAAAGUUAAUUAUUUCAUCAUUUAAUCACCUUCAUGCCAUCCCAGAUGUGUAUGACUUUCU